UUAUAAUUAUAGUUAAUAUAAUAUAUAGUUAAUAUAGAUCUAGACUAAGUCACUAAACCAGACUGAUAUUAUACUAAUUAUAGUCUACAAUAGGUCCUAUUUUGUGCAUCCACUGAGUUAAACCAAACUAAAUCUAGAUCUGUUUUUGCUUUGAUUUUGAUUUUCUCACAUAUCAUACUCAUAGGAACUCUCCAGUUAAUUAUUAAUUGUCACUUUGCAUCUGAAAGAGGCCACACAUAAUAAGAACUAAGAAUUGAAAUGAAAGCAUACAAAAUUUACGUUCAUACCACAGUUUCUCUUAAAGAUAGCAAUAUAUAGUGUAACAGUCUCAAGUGUAAAAGUCUCUAGUGUAACAGUCUAGAAGAAUGGGUGUAUAUUUUUUCUUCUUACUGGAGCUGAUUAUGGCCAAAAUUAUCAGUGGUUAUAUUGUAGAUGAUUCAAAUGGUCUGGGGCGAACUUUUGAUGGCAUUGGUGGUCUCAGUGGUGGUUCCGCCACAUCUAAAUUGUUGAUUGGUUAUCCACAACAGCAGAGAGAUGAAGUCUUGGACUAUUUAUUCAAACCCAAUUUUGCUGCAUCUCUGCAAAUAUUAAAAGUUGAAAUUGGUGGGGAUGCUCAAGCUUCAGAUGCAACUGAGGCUUCUCAUAUGCAUGUGGAGUGGGAGGAAGAUUACAACCGAGGCUAUGAAUGGUGGUUGAUGAAAGAAGCUAAGUUGCGAAACCCGAAUAUUAAAUUGUAUGGUCUCCCCUGGGCUUUUCCUGGUUGGCUUGGCAACGGGACACAGAGUCCUUAUAUUGAUAACCAGAAACUUGCUAACUACAUCUACAAGUGGAUCCGAGGUGCUGAAGUAUAUCACAAUCUACAUAUUGAUAUAAUUGGGAUAUGGAAUGAGCGUUGGUGUGAUGCUGAAUAUGUUAAGGUGCUUCGAAAAACUUUGGACCAAAAUGGCUACAGUAAUGUUAAGAUAGUGGCUUCUGAUCUUGAUUUUGGAAUUGUGGAUUUCAUCAAAGCAGACCAAGAAUUUGCAGCCGUUGUUGAUUAUAUUGGAGCUCACUAUCCAGGAGUGGUGUCCCCUGAUGAUGCUAAGCAGACUGGCAUUCCACUUUGGUCAUCAGAAGAUUUUAGCACUUUCAAUGAUGAUGUAGGAGGGGGCUGUUGGGCAAGGAUACUCAACCAAAAUUAUGUUCAAGGCUUAAUGACAAGCACUAUUUCCUGGAAUCUAAUUGACAGUUUCUUUCAAGGACUACCAUGGGACAGAACAUCUCUAAUGACUGCUAGAGAGCCCUGGAGUGGAAACUAUAAUGUUGAGAGUCCAAUUUGGAUGUCAGCCCAUACCACACAGUUUACUGAAGUUGGCUGGAGUUACCUUCCCCAUGGCCAUGGAGUGGGCAUGCUGAAAGGUGGGGGUAGCUAUGUAGCACUAACUAAUGCAGAUCAUACACAGCUGACUAUUGUCAUGGAAACGAUGAGCCGUGAGCAUUCAGUGUGUAUAAGACCCUUCCUACCUGUCUAUGUUGUGGUACCUCAGAAUGUUACAUUUCAACUCGCUGGAAGCUUCGCUAAUGUAGAUUUUCUCUAUGUGUGGCGGAGUAAACUGAGGUUUGCAGCCAAUGAGAACUCAGUUUAUUUUAUAUUCCUGGCUCUUGUUCCUGUUGUGAAUGGUUCCAUAAGUCUUUGGCUGGAUGUUGAUGAGAUCUACACCUUGACCACAGUCAACACCGGCAACCAUGGGAAACACCCACCACCUCCUGAUUCAGCUCCUUUCCCUCUGCCAUUCAAAGAAGAUUUUGAGAGUUACCCGCUCUCAGCCGAGCCCUACAUCCUGGCACCACAACAAGGAUCCUUUGAUGUGGUGUCAGUGGGUGAUCAGCAUGGACAAGUCAUGAGACAGAUGGUACUACAGACUCCAAUAGCAUGGUGCCAGGAGACUCUCUAUUUGAAUGCUUCUCUGAAUCUUCUUGGAAGAUUUAAUUGGACGGAUGUCAAACUGACAUCAGACGUUCAAGUUGGAGCUGUCAAUGGGUCAAAUGGAGUCUUCAUUGGUGUACGCAUUGAUAAUGGAGGCUGUAGCACUUAUGCUGCUAAAGGAAUUUUCUUCUUUAUUGUCCCGAAUGCUCAAAGCUUGAAAGUUACCACUGACAUCAAGGGUAAAAAUGUUUUGUAUCAAGACAAGUCAGUAUCUGCAAUAACAUCUGGCUGGAACACACUGUCUCUCGCAGUUAAGGGUCAGAAUGCCGUAGGUUGGUGUAAUGGUGUCCAACUCUUCAAUGUCUCAGUUCCAGCCAGUCCCGCCAAUGGCUUUGUGGGAGUCGGCACUGACACUUAUGGCUAUGCAGAUUUUGACAAUUUGUACAUAGAUGGAAGCAUGAUUAAAGAAACUAACCAGGGCAAGCCUUUACAUUUCAUUGGGGAAAGUUUUCUUUAAUGUUGUAUCUAUUUAUUUAUUUUUGUUUUGUUUUAAUGUUUUUAUUUUGUACAUAGAUAAGUGCUCAACAUGAAAACUGAAUUGUUUAUUUUUUAUAACAAAAGAGAAAACUUCUUGAAGUAUUUUUAUGAAAUAAAGAAAUCCAAUGCUGUUAAAAUUUUGUUUUAGUAGUACAGUAGAUCUAAGAUUUAAAAAAGAAACAUUGUUUUCUGAACUAUUGUGAUGUGAAGUAUCAAAAUGUUUUUUUUAAGCUUGCUGUUAUCUACCAGCUUUGCUUGGUACUCAUCCAGCUAUAUUACUCAAUGAUAUGAAUGGCAGUGUAUGAAUAUUUAACCACAUUGAUAUUGACUGAAAUUUUUGAUAUUUUAUCUUUUUAUGGUUAUAAUGCAGAAAAAAGUGUGUAAUUGAUACUUACUAUUUAUUCCUAAAUGGUGUAAUUCAUACUUACUAUUUAGUCCUAAAUUUUAGUGAUAGAAAAUGUUUAAGAACAAAAAUUAGAAUGGCCCAUACACAAAUUUGUCACACAUUAUAUUUACAUUUAUAUGUUUUGUUUUUAUUACUUCACUUCUAAUGUGUGGGUAUAUACAACUAUAUUGGUGCAGCAUUUUUCAAUGUGUGUUAAUGUUACAUGGUUGUGCUGUGUGUGCUCUAGACUGUCUUUCAGUCAUGUCAAUGGUCCAUGGUUCAUACCCUGCCUGCUGCCAUCCUCCUGUUAACCCUCAGGAGGUUUGGACUAAGAAUAGAUUAUCUUCAAUUCUGAAGGAACAUCCAAAAUAUGUAAAACAGCAAUCUCUCUCAAAAACACUUGUCAACCUGCAAGCAAAAUAUAUAAUUAAAAAGAUGGAUAAUUUGAUUGCAGAAUAAUUCAUAGCAUUGGUUUGGUGAUUGGGUAACUCAUUUAGGAAAUGCCUGAGACGGGUCUAAGGCUGUAACAAAUGAUAUAAAAUUAGGUGAGCCUACAUCUGGAUAUAGCAGUUCUUAUUGGAUAAGUUGACCAAUACUUUUCAAUCAUUUCUGACCAUGUUGCCCAAACAUAUCUUUACUUCAGUUCAGACUUUAAUUAGAUUGAGUUAAAUUAGAUUAAGAUUGACUGAGUUAGAAAUUUUAUCUUCCAAAUAAAUUUGGAUCACAUUUUUAAAAACAUUUUAAUGUUUAGUCAUUCUCAUUCAGAAAUUUUUUUAAAAACUUUUUUUUAUUGCUAAGCUUGUGCAGUUUGCCCAGUGUUUGUUAUUGUUACUCUAAAGACUAAAAUAUAUUUCUUUUUCUAUUUUGCUGAACUAUUUUUUUUUCUUAAGUAAAUGUUUUUGAACUAUUUUUAUCAUGCUUGUUUUAAAAUUACCAGUUGUGUUUUUUUCUGUGAUAUUUAUCAGAGUCAGUGACAGUAAAUAACUGCCUUAAUUUUAAAAUGGCAUUGUCUCACAUACUAGCUGUUUUGUAUAUAUAUAUAUAUAUAUAUAUAUAUAUAUAUAUAUAUAUAUAUAUAUAUAUAUAUAUAUAUAUAUAGUUAAAUAUUUCAAAGCAAAGCACUGUAUAAGUUAAUACCUAGACACAUUAUUGUGUCCAUCUCAGAAAAAACAACCUAGAUAUCCAACUAUUGGUCUUAGUUAAUUUUGUGUACCACUAAGUUGUGAAAGGUUUAGUAGUGUGCUGAACCCUGUUUUUUUUUAAUAAGGCUUAAUGUCUUUCUGCCAAACCUAGGGUCUUUAGUUGUAAUUUAAUAGUGGUCUGGGAUUUUAUUUGGGAUUUGAGAAUGUCCUCCAAUCUGCUUAGCCUGGAUAUCUGACAUUUGGAGGGAUAAAGUGACUUAGUUUAAUCAUUGAACACCCUAACACUGUCACAUCCAUGAACAUUCCUAAGAAGACAUGUAGCUAUAAAUCACUCAAUUUGUUACUCCAUCUCUGUGAUAAUUGUUUGAAAUGACUUUGUCACAAGUAAAGUAUAUUUUUAUUGCUUCAAAUGUAUACAUUCAAAAUGAACACAAAGUUCAAAUCUUGGGUUUUAUAUUCUUUGUAUCUUUUACAUUCCUCCUAUUUUUUUUCUUCUUGUUUUGGCUUUGUUCAUUUGAUUACGGCUGCUCAAUGUUCAUUUGAUUAUGGCUGCUCUGCAUAAUAUUGAAUUAUCAUGUGAACAUUCAUAUAAAAAGUUGGAUGCAUAAUGAAAUAAAACAAUAAUAAUUAUUCUUGCCAAUCACUAAAGCAGUCAUCUGAUAAAUCAGCAGAGUUGUCUAAUCACUCUGAUAAAUUAGCAGAGUUGUCUACUCCCACUGAUAAAUUAGCUGAGUUAUCUAGUCCCUCUUAUAAAGUAGCAGAGUUGUCUAGUCCCUACAAUAAAAUAGAGUUGUCUAAACACUGAUAAAUUAGCAGUUGUCUUGUCCUACUGAUAAAUUAGCAGAGUUGUCUAGUCACACUUGACAAACUAGCUGAUUUGUCUAAGCCCAUUGUCUUCUUGGUAACCAGAUAAUGAAAGUGACAUAUAAUAGUUUGGUUUGUCUGCUAGAUUCAUGGGAAGCAACUUAUUUUAUUUUCCACAAUGCCAGACAGACAAUCAGUGAUCCUAUAAAUUGAAUUUUUGUGACUUACAUAUAAAUGUGUACAGUUGUACAGCCAAAUCAAGAAUGUAUGUAGCUUCUGAUCUCCAGAGUACAGGUAUGCUUCACUAUUAUAGUUGAGCUGAUUCUUGGUUUUAUAACCAUGACUACAAUAUGAGGAAAAAAAUGAUUUUACAUAUUUUGUGAUAGGGUAUUUUAUAAUUGCUUGAACUUUAGAUAGCUGUAAAUUUAUAUAUAUAGAUACUGUUAUAUGUAUUUUCACAUUUUUCAAUUAAUGCUUUUUGUUCUUGCUCUUAUUUGUAUAAUGACAUUGCAUACUUGUUAUAUGAAAGUGCUUUUUGCUCAUUUUAAACCAAAGAUUUAAAAUAAAAUAUUUUCUUUACAAAUCUAAAAAGUUA